AUGUUUGUCCCGGAAAUCUUUCCUGAUCCAAGAAAAGCAGUCACCUCCCAAGUUUUGGUGUCUCGCUUGCCCGCCCUAGCAAAUUUGGGUAUCUUGAAUUUUCGACAGAGUGCUUUCAACACCAGCAACCAUCAUCAACGACUACCAUCAACAACUUCAGUUACUAACCCGCUACAGGUUCUUAUAUCAAAGAUGGGUCGUCUUCAGGAAUACCAGGUCAUCGGCCGCAAGCUCCCAUCGGAGACCGAUGAGACUCCAAGAUUAUACCGCAUGCGAAUUUUCGCUCCCAACGAUGUCGUCGCCAAGUCGAGAUUCUGGUACUUCCUCAAGAAGCUCAGAAAGGUCAAGAAGAGCGCCGGAGAGAUUAUUUCCUUGAACGUCAUCCAUGAGAAGCGUCCAUUGAAGGUCAAGAACUUCGGUAUCUGGGUCAGAUACGACUCCCGAAGCGGUACCCACAACAUGUACAAGGAGUACAGAGAGCUAUCGAGAACCGAUGCUGUCCACUCCCUCUACCAGGAUUUGGCUGCCAGGCAUCGUGCCAGAUUCAGGUCCAUCCACAUCCUCAAGGUUGCUGAGAUCGAGAAGUCCGCUGAUGUCAAGCGACCAUACAUCAAGCAGCUCCUCACCCCCAACCUCAAGUUCCCUCUCCCUCACCGUGCCCCAGUUGGCGUUGGCAAGAAGAUCUUCCUUGCCAAGAGACCGAAUACCUUCAGCUAG